AAGGCAAAGGCUGAGUUUGGGGAGGGCAAAAGCAUGGGAAAAGACAUAUCCUGUAAUAUAGUUUACAGGUAAGUCAUUAGGGUUGAAUUCCUCAGCAGCCCUAAGCACUGCGGGGCAGUCCCACGAGCACACAAGGCUCGGGUACCGAUACCAACUCUGCUCUGUCUCUCCACCGUUCGCGCUCUCCCUUGGGUGAAUCCGACACCAGCACCGCGGCCCGAUACUCUCGCGAGAGGGAAGGAGACCACAGCUCCCUCGAUUCUCCCAACCGCGCCACGUGUGCUCCCACCUGCAGAGAAACGGAGUAUGGCAACGCCCAGGGGCUUCUGGGAUUCGUAGUUCCGGGGCUGGCUGAGGCCUGGCAGCCUUGCCCCGCUCCUUCUUACGCAUGCGCGACUCCGAGCCGGCCCAAGAAGUUCGUAGCCUUUGUCAGGCCCGGGAUGGGAGAUUCCAGCCUCGUAGGACCGAGCCAGGCUCGAGAGUGAGGAAAAAUCCCGACCCGAUCUGAUCGAAGCCUUCCAGCAGAGCCCCCGGAGGGAGGGCAGGAAGGAGGACGACGAGGCCGCGGGGGCUUCUCGCUGUUCUGCCUGGAGAAGUCUGAACUGGGUGGGAGAUCAGAAUAUUCGGAACCCGGAGCAGGGAGUGAUCAUGGAGACCGACUUGGCCGACAAGCCUGAGAAGAGAGCUCUGUCUUCCCAGGACUCUCCCUUUUCCCCAGAGCAGAGCACAGAAGAGGGAGAAGUGGCAGCUCUGCGCCUCACAGCUAGAUCCCAGGCAUCAGUGACGUUCAAGGACGUGGCCAUGGACUUCACCCCAGAGGAGUGGGGGAAGCUGGAUCCCGCACAAAGGGAGGUGAUGCUGGAGAACUAUAAGAACCUGGUCUCGCUUUGGCUUCCAGUUUCUAAACCUGAGAACUACAGUUUGGAGAAUGGAAAAGAACCAUUGGUGCUUGAGAGAAAAGCCCCCAAAAGCAACUAUGACCUGGAAACUAAACCUGAGGACAAAGACUCAACUUCAGUGCAAGAUCUUUCCAAUGAAUCAUGCCAGACUGCAAUAAUAGAUAGACUGACAAGGGAUAGUGUCUAUGACUCCAGCUUGGAAACAGCUCUUGAAUGUGAAAACUGGCUAGAGAAUCAGCAAGGAAAUCAGGAGAGACACUUGAGAGAAAUGCUCAGCCAUGCGAAUUCACUCCCCGAAGAAAGAGCUCGUGAGCAUGAUGUUUAUUGGAAAAACCUGAGUCCAAAGUCUGUUCUUCUCACUCAAGACAGAGCUCCCAGAGGAUCAUAUGCCUUCCAUACCCUUGAAAAAAGGUUGAAACAGAAAUCAAACUUAAUGAAAAAGCAAAGAACCUGUAAAGAGAAGAAACCUCAUAAAUGCAAUGAUUGCGGUGAACUCUUCACUUACCAUUCAGUGCUUAUCCGACACCAGAGGGUCCAUACUGGAGAGAAGCCCUAUAGCUGCAGUGAAUGUGGGAAAUCUUUUAGCCACAGAGCUAAUUUGACUAAACAUCAGAGAACUCAUACUAGAAUUCUCUUUGAAUGCAGCGAAUGCAAGAAGGCCUUCACAGAAAGUGCAUCCCUUGCAAUACAUCAGCGAAUUCACAUUGGAGAGAGACCAUAUGAAUGCAGUGAAUGUGGAAAAGGGUUUAAUCGAAGUACACAUCUUGUGCAGCAUCAGUUGAUUCAUACUGGGGUGAAGCCUUAUGAGUGUAAUGAAUGCGAUAAAGCUUUCAUUCAUUCAUCAGCUCUCAUUAAACAUCAGCGGACUCAUACUGGAGAGAAACCCUAUAAAUGUCAGGAAUGCGGGAAAGCCUUCAGCCACUGCUCAUCCCUUACUAAACAUCAGAGAGUUCAUACUGGAGAAAAGCCAUAUGAAUGUAGCGAAUGUGGAAAAACCUUUAGUCAGAGCACACAUCUUGUUCAGCAUCAGAGAAUUCAUACUGGAGAGAAACCCUAUGAGUGUAACGAAUGUGGGAAAAGCUUCAGCCGGAGCUCAAAUUUUGCUAAACAUCAGAGAAUUCAUAUUGGAAAGAAACCAUACAAAUGUAAUGAAUGUGGAAAAGCCUUUAUCCAUUCAUCAGCUCUAAUUCAACACCAGAGAACUCAUACUGGAGAGAAGCCCUACAGAUGCGAUGAAUGUGGGAAAAGCUUUAAGUGCAGCUCAUCCCUCAUCAGACAUCAAAGAAUUCAUACUGAAGAGCAACUCUGAAAAAUUCCUAAAUGUGAAGAAAUGUAAGUUGGCUUUAUCACUGUGUUAAAUAUCUGAGUAGUUUAGGUGGGACACCCGUAAAGUCCUGCCCAAGGACCAAUUUUGUAUGCAUCUACUUUUACUUGCAUAACAGAUAGUUUUGAGCCCUAGACAGAAUGUUCUUUAUAUUCAUUGAUUUGAUCAUUAUGAAAGCUUCUGGCCAGGGAUCUCCUAUUUUGAUCCCCCACCACCACUACCAAAUAGCCCUUUCAUGGAAAUUCAAGAAAUCCUUGGAAGUGGAUAACUGUAUAAUCAUUGUGAGUCUGGUUUCUCCCUCUCUUUGUUACAUGAGAGCCUUGUUACAGCUUCUCACUCUGUAAGGAAAUUCUUAUUUAUAAACGUAGGUGGAAGACUCCUAUCUUUAUCAUCAGGAAGACACGGAGUUGUUCCUCUUUGGAUCCAAAGUAGAUCUCCAGAUGUACAGCUAGUGUCAUUCCUUCAGGGAGGGUUAUUUCUUUUAUAUUAGCUAUAAAAUGUAAAGUUAAGAGUUGAAAUAUGCUUCGGAUUCCCUCCCUCCCCAAAGGCUAUUAUCUAAUUUGAUGAACCUAAAGUAGAAUGUAUUGCAGGUUCUAAGUUAUGUUCCCCUGGAUUAUGCUGGUCAUACAUUUAGAUAAUUGUUAUCCCUCUGUUGUGUAGAUUUUUAUUUUCUCCUUCCUUGGAAUUUCCCUGAAGUUAAGAAUGGGUCAAAAUCUUAACUGCAGUUUUUGAUCAAAUGCCUCUUUUUGUAUCUUUGGCAUUAAAUGAGUCCUUGGUUUUUCUAUAAGCAAAGUAUUAGGGAUAUUUCAUUUCCAACUCAUUUACAGUUAUUCUGCUUCUAUAAACGAUGCUUUGUCGCUUUGAGAAAAAGCCCCUAGGAUGUUGAGGGUAUGGAAAGUUGAUGAGUUCAAUGUGUUAUUAUAUUUAGGGUCCCAGUCAAGGAGGAGAAAUGAAGCAACUCUGAGACACAAGGACACACCUUCCUGUCAAAUAUGGAAAAUAGUUCACAGGACAGUGACUCAAUGGAGGAUAACAGCUUCCCUCCAUGAAGAAGAGGUUGCCAUUUCUCUGGCUUUCAUGUCUACCCACAUUUUGUUGUUGUUAUUGUUCUCCCUAUAUGUUUGUUGGGUUAUGUCCAAGAGCCCUAAAGAAGGUAGAAGAGGCAUGAAACCACAUGAUAAGUUACACGGGUGAUCAAAAACAAGUGGUGGGAUUGGAAAUGCAGAAGCAAAAGUUCAAAUAAAUAUUUAGUAGAACACUAUACAAAUGUCAAUUUUUAUUGUUACUCUGUUGUAUGAAGAGAAGAGUAUAGAAGAGAUAGAAGGAAAAUAGUUACAGAUUUCUUUCUCUUCUAAAUUCUAUCCUUUAAGAACGUUCAGCAACUAGUCCUUGCUCUUGGCCUUCUCCACAUUAUCUCUGUUGUUUCCUAUAAUUCCUUCGCUGUAAAUCUUAGUUGUAUUAUUGAGGAGAAGUAGAGGAAUAGAGUUUAGAGCAAGAUCAUUAAGGAUGAAUGGAUUAAAUCCAGCCGUGAUGGAAAUUAAAACAAAAAUGGGGCUGAAUGAACUGGGAAAAGGUUUUGGGAAGAAUAAAAAACACGUUGGGGGUGGAAGUGGGUGGGAAGGCUCAGGGACUGAGAGGUCAGGGUAGGAGGCUGACACAGGAACAAGGUAAAGAGAAAGGCGCUCCCCUUCAUACUCAGUAUUCAUGUUCAAAAAUAGGAACUGACAGGCUGUGACCUGGACCCACGAUGAAGUCCACUUUCUGCCUGUAUCUCAGAAUAAUGUUUAGUUGGAUCUUGACCACAUGCAUUCAUUUACAUUUGGUUGUUACAACAGUUGCAACAGUGAUUGUACGUCCCCCCAAAGCCUGUAAUACUUGAUACUUCUCUGUGUGCCAGUUGCUUGAGUGAAAAUAAAUUCAUUAUUUUGGGGCCAAAAUUUGACUUCCAGAGUAAGAUCCAUUUGGGCUUUCCAAAGCUGAGUUUGGAUUCUCCCCCUCCAGUUAACAUUUAUGUGACCUUACUACUUGCUGUCUCUAGGUCUCUGGGCCUCCAUCUGUAAGAUGGGAAUAAAUCAUCCCUUUCUUGUAAGGUUGUAAGGGUUAAAUAAGACAAUGUGUGUCAAAGACCUGGCUCACAAUAAAUUAAACAGAUGGCUUCUAUAAGUAUAUGUUUAUAAGGUAUGUAAACAUAUGCAGAUAUAUGUAUUUUAAUGAAACGUCAGUCCAUUUGGGCUGCUACAAUGAAAUAACUCACCACAGACUGGCUACAGUUCUGGAGACCGGGGCCCAAGACCAAGGCCCCACCAGGUCAUGUUUGGGGAGGGUCUGUUUUCUGGUUCAGGAAUCACCAUCUUUCUGUUCUGUCUUCACAUGGUGAAAGGAUAAGGGGGCUCUGGUGCCUCUUAUAAGGCCAACUAAACCUUUUCCCAAGAAUUCUGCCCUCGUGACCUAUUCACCUUCCAAAGGCCCCCACCUCCUAGUACCAUCCCUCUGGGGGUUAAGUUUCAAGAUAAAUUUGGGGAGAUAACAAACUCAGUCUGCAAUAAGUGGCUAAGCAUUGAUCAGAUAGAAAUUACUUAGGAAUGAAUGUGUCUUCCAUGCUUUUUGUUAACAUCAAGAACUGUCACCAUCCUGCUGUAUAGCGCAGCAUAGAGAAGAGGCUUCUCUUUCUGCUCGUCUUUCCAUCUGGUGCUGCUCCCUACACAGCCUCCUUGAGACCUUGGGGAAUCUGCUUUAUUCUCUCCUAAGUACCACUUAGCCAGAAGCUAUCGAUAGUUUCAGAGACUCACGUUUGUAAUCUAAGUGCAGUUUAAGGAAUGUUAAGAGACUAGCUCUAAGUUUUACUGGGAACUCUGGCCCUUGACAUUUCAGUAUUCUGUUUAUGUUUGACGUUCAAUAAGACUGUAUUUGUACUCCAACAUGAACCUUGGAAGUUUUAGUGUUCCACUUUUCAAAUGUUUUUGGUUACCUAUAAACUAAAUUUGACUGCUCUUAUUGGCCCACUGUCAAUAAAGAUGUUGUUUAUA